CACUAUUUUUCUUCCAUCUAAUCGUUGCCUUUUUAUCACUACUGUUAUCGUUCGUCGUCGCCGGCGAUGUUAUAAAGUCUUCCGGCGAUCACCACGAAGCAAUAAUUUCUCCUCGAUUUCGUUCCCUAAAUCUUCAUCCUUUCGGUUCGAUCGCCCCAAUGGCAGGCCUCGACGCGGUCCAUCGGAACCAGGCCUUCUCCUCCCGCCUCCUCCUUUUCCUCACGACGCUCUCCAUGACGCUCGCGGCCUUGGCUUUCGUCCUCCAGUGGCGCGGCGGCGUCGACGACCCCGCGUCGCGAUGGCUCGCAGCCGACGCCCACGGGUUCCCGGGGAUGGACAACAGCCCUCUAAGCUCGUUGGACUCGUCUACGCCUUCCGUAGUCUCGCGCUCCUCCUCGGACUGCGCGAGCAUCCUCGGCUCGAGCUCGUCACCCUCCUUCCCUUACUUCCGCGGUUGGAAGUUCGAUUUCGACAAGGAUCUGAAGCCAAAGAUAUGCAUAACAGCGAGCACCUCAGCCGGUUUAGAACAGAUUGUACCUUGGUUAUUUUAUCACAAGGUCAUCGGCGUGUCACAUUUUUUUCUGUUUGUUGAAGGGAAGGCUGCAAAACCUCAUGUUUCGGUUGUUCUCGAAUCUAUAUCUGGUGUAAAAGUCAUAUACAGAACUAAAGAACUUGAGGAGAAACAGGCAAAAAGCCGAAUCUGGCAUGAAACUUGGUUGGCAAACUUCUUUUACAAGCCUUGUAAUUAUGAACUUUUCGUCAAGCAAUCACUCAACAUGGAAAUGGCAAUACCAAUGGCACGGGAUGCUGGUAUGGAUUGGAUUAUUCAUCUCGACACAGAUGAGUUAAUGCAUCCAGCAGGUGCAAAGGAAUACUCUCUAACUCAAUUGCUUUCUGAUGUUCCUGCCAAUGUUGACAUGGUUAUCUUUCCAAAUUAUGAAAGCAGUGUUGAGAGGAAUGACAUCAAAGAUCCUUUCAGUGAGGUAUCUAUGUUCAAAAAGAAUUAUGAUCAUCUACCAAAAGAGACUUACUUCGGUAUGUAUAAAGAGGCCACACGUGGUAAUCCCAAUUACUUCCUUACAUAUGGAAAUGGGAAAUCAGCUGCACGGAUUCAAGACAAUCUUCGGCCAAAUGGUGCACAUAGAUGGCAUAAUUACAUGAAGCCCCCAACUGAGAUCAAGUUAGACGAGGCUGCUGUACUGCAUUACACAUAUUCCAAGUUCUCUGAUUUGACAUCCCGACAUGAUAGGUGUGGUUGUAAGCCAACCAAGGAGGAUGUCAAGAGAUGCUUCAUGUUAGAUUUUGAUAGAGCGGCUUUCAUCAUUGCAUCAACUGCAACCGAAGAAGAAAUGUUGCGUUGGUACGAUGAACACGUUGUAUGGACUGACAAGCAGCUAAAUCUGAAACUCCUCAGGAAGGGCAUCUUGACACGCAUAUAUGCACCAAUGGCCAUCAUCCAAUCUCUGAGGGAGAAUGGUGUUUUGAGUUCUGCAAUUGCAUCUUCUAAACUAAAACUCAACUCAACUGCCGGAAUUCCUCAAGGCAAAUCCGAUGCUCUUCCAGAUUCAAUUGACAGUCCAUCUAAAUUUCAAGCAACUGCAAGGAAGAUGAUGGAGAUCUCUGGUGGCGGCAUGGAGAGUGCAAUCCCACCACAGUCGCCCCCGUGCCUGGAUGAUUUUAUCGCAAAAACAUGAAAUGACAUCAGACUCCAUCGCUUUCUCCGGUUCGUAUGUUUCAAGAACUUGGAAAUCCUUUCGAGUUUAGUGAAGCUAGGAAUUCAAUAGAGAAGAAUAUUUUGAGGCUGUGGUUCUUUAUCUUUUGGUUUUCAUAUACAUGUAGAACAGUAGGUAGAUUUACGAGAUCAGUAAUAUUACCUUCUACACUUGUUAGAUUUAACAAGUUUUUAUUAUGUAUUAUCGAAUCCAUCGGGUUACUUAUUUUUUUGUAUAGAAAUUAUUGCCACUGUAUCUCAAUGAUCCAAAUAAUAUCAUAAAAACCAAAUUUAUUA